UUGGUAUACCUGAUAAUGGCUCUGCUUAGUCCAUUGGCCUACCCACUCAGCCUGGUUUUUGACCGUAUCUUCGGUAACGAGAGCACUGGAUAUCACAAACGCUCGCAGCUGAAGGCUCUAGUUGAUCUGCACGGACCACGGCCCUUUGACAUCAAAAAUGGUACUAAUUGCUAA